UAUUAGGGUGUAAAGACACACAAUUCUGGUGCUGAGACUCCUUUUACCUUUCUAUUUGUAUUUCCUCAAAAACUUAUUCAUUUUAUAAAAGCAAAUGUCAGCUUUUGUUCCCGUAAAUCCUAAGCCUUUUCUCAACGAUCUUACCGGCAAACCAGUAGCUGUAAAGUUGAAGUGGGGUGGUGAAUAUCAUGGCUACCUUGUCUCUGUAGAUAAUUAUAUGAACCUUCAAUUGGCAAAUACAGAAGAAUUCCAAAAUGGUGUGUCUGUGGGUACACUAGGUGAAGUUUUGAUCAGAUGUAACAAUGUGCUUUAUAUUCGUGGAGUUGAAGAAGAUCUCAAAUCAGAAGCAAAGAUGGAAACCGAUUAAAGAAAGGAGUCUACAGUCAAGUAAUCAAUCUGUUAUGUAAACUGCACGAUCGAGAGCGAGACGUCGAUAUAACCAACAGUGUAGAAAAAAGGAAGAAAGAAAUGAAAAAGCUUGAAUAAACUUCUAUUGAAAAACCUUGUAUAUAUACAUGUAUAAAUCAAACAAUAUGCCAAAACAGAAUACGGAUCACUUAUUUAACAUCUCAACUAAUCUGACAUGGCAGAAACUGGUCACUAUGUCUCAUUUGGCCGAUUUGAUGGGAUAUUCAUUAAUAUUCAUGGUGCUUAAGCUAUAAUAUGCAAUUGGGUACAAUAUUCUGAUAUACGAACCUGUAACAGAAUCAACAC